AUGAUCCGCGCUCACGAAGCUCAGGACCAUGGUUACAAGAUGCACGCCAAGCACCCGGAGACUCAGUUCCCGACUGUCAUCACUCUGUUCUCGGCGCCCAACUACCUCGAUGCCUAUGGCAACAAGGGUGCUGUGAUGCGGUAUGAAAACACGGUGAUGAACAUCCGCCAGUUCAACCACUCGCCCCACCCGUACUGGUUGCCCAACUUUAUGAACGUUUUCACCUGGUCGCUCCCCUUCGUGGCCGAGAAGGUCGGUGAAAGCUUGUUGGCCAUGCUCAAGGUCGUCGACGAUGACGAGGACGAAGAAGCUGAAAGGAAGAGGCUUGCCGAGAAGCCGACCGACGCUGCUCCCGAGGUGGUCUUGGAUGCCGCACACAAGGAGACCAUCAGGAGGAAGAUCCUUGCCGCGUCCAAGAUGCUGACGAUGAUGAAGACGCUCAGGUCGGAGCAGGAGACGAUCUUGCAGCUCAAGGCCCUCGCCCCUGGCCAGCAGAUCCCGAGAGGUCUUCUCGCCCAAGGCCCCGAGGCCAUCCGGCAAGCGAUCGGUAACUUUGAUCAGGCCAAGACCCUCGACAAGUUCAACGAGUCGUGGCCCAAGCCCGAGCCCUCUCCCCAGUGA